UGGGACCAGGGGCCCAACCACCCACAUCCUCCUUGAACUGCAGCUAGUGAGUUGAUGGCAGAACUCUGACCUUCCUUUCAGUCUUGCACAAGUGUCCUCCCUCCUCCCCUUCAGUCUUGCACACAUGUUCCGGCUCCUCCCUUUCAGUCUUGCACAGUUGUACCGGCUCAUCCCCUUCAGUCUUGCACAGGUGUAUGAGCUCCGCCCCUUCAGUCUUGCAUAGGUGUACCGGCUCCUCCCCUUCAGUCUUGCACAGGUGUACCGGCUCUUCCCCUUCAGUCUUGCACAGUUGUACCGGCUCCUCCCCUCCAGUCUUGCACAGGUGUAUGAGCUCCGCCCCUUCAGUCUUGCACAGGUGUACCGGCUCCUCCCCUUCAGUCUUGCACAGGUGUACCGGCUCCUCCCCUCCAGUCUUGCACAGGUGUAUGAGCUCCGCCCCUUCAGUCUUACACAGGUGUACCGGCUCCUCCCCUUCAGUCUUGCACAGGUGUACCUGCUCCUCCCCUCCAGUCUUGCACAGGUGUAUGAGCUCCUCCCCUACAGUCUUGCACAGGUGUACCGGCUCUUCCCCUUCAGUCUUACACAGGUGUACCGGCUUCUCC